AUGUGAAAAAGUGUAAACAACCUAUGCAGUAUCAGUACACUGAGUGUAAGAUUAUGCAGUUCAUCUAAUCCCUAAGGAAAAUUACAGUGAUAUUAGAAGAUCUAGCAACUUGUAGACAAGAGAGCAUACUAGUCAAGUUAGACUACAUUAUUCCAUCUGGUCAACAGUUGUGAUCAGACAGCUUCCAAAUAAAGUAACCCAUGGUACAGGUAAUGUAGAGUUCACAAUGUCCCUAGGACUGAUGGUGUGUUCACGAUGUCAUGGAGGUUUCCAACCUCAGGAGCAAAUUGUGAACUCCCAAGGUGAAGUUUGGCAUCAAGAAUGUUUUGUAUGCUGCCAGUGCUUUAGACCUUUUCCCAAUGGUAUAUUUUUUGAGUUUGAUGGGAGAAAAUACUGCGAAUAUGAUUUCCAAGUUCUCUAUGCGCCAUGUUGUGGAAGAUGUAGAGAGUUCAUUACUGGGCGAGUGAUUAAAGCUUUGAAGAACAAUUGGCAUCCACACUGUUUUCUUUGUCACCUGUGUCAAGUCCCGCUAUCAGACCAAGGGUUUUUCAGUAAUGCAGGGAGAGCACUGUGUCAUGAUUGCAAUACCAAAGAAAAGGCAGCUGUCAGUGGAAAGAUUAUUUGUGUUAAAUGUCGUGGUGCUAUAGAUGAAGAUCCAUUACGAAUAUCAGAUGAGACUUAUCAUCCAUAUCAUUUUAAUUGUUCCAAAUGUGGAGUAGAGUUGACGUCAGAUGCCCGGGUGGUAAAGAAAGAGCUGUACUGUUUACGUUGCCAUGACAACAUGGGAAUACCUAUCUGUGGUGCCUGUCAUCGACCAAUAGAAGAAAGAGUUGUGCAUGCUUUGGGAAAACAAUGGCACGUUGAACAUUUUGUAUGUGCCAAGUGUGAGAAACCAUUUUUGGGUCAUCGUCACUACGAAAAAAGAGGUCUUGCAUACUGUGAAACUCACUAUCAUCAGCUGUUUGGAAAUCUUUGUUUUGUCUGCAAUAGUGUAAUAUUAGGUGAUGCUAUUACAGUUUUUAAAAAAGCUUGGUGUAUCAACCACUUCAGCUGUUCAUUCUGCGAUGGAAAACUCACCAGCAAGUCGAGAUUUUUUGACUUUGAUUUGAAGCCUCUUUGUAAGAAAUGCUUUGAAAAAUUUCCAGCAGAACUAAAGAAACGUCUGAAGAAACAGUAUGAGAAGGAUUUGCAAGAAAGGCAAUUUAAACAAAAUUAAAGUUCUCAAGCAUUAAUAGGUUAUUUCAUGAAUGAGGUUUGUUUAAAAUGUAUUCAGACUUUGAAGAAAAGAAAAAGGUCUGCCCUGCCAUCAUUUGGAAAAUUAUUACUAGUGGCUCAAAAAAAAAUGUUAUUAUUAUUUAAGCUGCCUUAAUGAUUUUUCGAAGUAAGUUAGAGUGAAUAAGAAAUUUCUUAAGUUGAAGAAUAUACAGUAAAAGAAGUGUUUGCAAGUCACUGGAAAACUAUGUAGAACAAAUAAGCAAAGUGCUUGUGAGUUGUUGGAAAGCUGUAGAGUUGAUUCAUUGUUUUUUAUGAGCAGCUGCACCACCACUUAAAUGAGUGUUUCUUCUGUCUUAUUUCUAUUGUACAAUGUAUAUGCAUGUUUCCCAUAUUAAGUACAAGUAUUGUAUUUCACUAUGCCUAAAGUUUCUUGUUUUAAGAUAUUCAGAUUUUAUGAGCAGUUGAGAGAAUUUGGAUGAUGUUAAUGUGUUUAAAAGAAUCCAUUUAUUUUGAGAAUUAAAUAAUCUGUUUUUGUGUGUGUGUGUUUAUAUAAUGGAAGAAUUAAGAGUAUAUUUAAGGCAAUUUGAAAAAUAUUCUGAAGCGACUGUUGCUCGAAUUAAAAGCAACGAGUUUCUCAGAAGCUUGAAUGAUUAUAUCUUUUGUUUUACUACUUAGAGGACAUUUUAAGAGUAUUUGACUUAUCUAAUGAUUUCUGUAUUUUAUUGUGAUAGCAUGUGUAAAACUGAAAUUUAACCGUACAUAAAUGUUUUCAUUCCAAAAUUUUUAUUGUUAGCUGUUUGUCAAAGUUCUAUAUUCUAUUCAACAUUAGCCAGAUGGGGUAAAACUUGAGUAAAUAUUGAACAUAUGUUCAAAAUUUUAGUUUUCAGGUACUUUCAAGAGUUACUUUUCUUUUGUAUGUUUAUACUGUACUUAUUGGUAUCUUAAUUUUACAUUUUAAGUUUGAGACAUUCCACUUGUAAAAAUGUGAACUUCAAAAUCACUUGAUAUACAUUUUAAUUGUACUUAUUGUUGGAUAAUGUUCUAAGUCUUCAACAUUCCAUCUUUGAGAUUUCAUGACAAGUUAAUUGAGUUAAUACUGCACUUGAGUACACAAGUUAGACUGUGGAUGGUGUUUUUGUGCUAUAUGUAAGGCUUGAUCUCUGGUUUUCUUCAUCUUAUUCCACAGUAAUUAUUUAAACUUGUGGUUUGAUUCUCGUCUCACUUCACCUGAUCACACAAUUAUUGAUGAGAGAUGGUAAUUCCCUAACCUUGUGGCUUGGUCCAUGUCUCAUUUCAUCUUAUCCCAUAAUUAUUGAUGAGGGAUGGUAAUUCCCUAAACUUGUGGCAUGGUCCAUGUCUUUCUUCAUCUUAUCCCUCAAUUAUUGAUGAGGGAUGGUAAUUCCCUAGACAUGUUUAUCCCAAAAGAGUGGGAAAGAUAAAAUUUAGAAAAAGCCUUUUAACAUACUUUAUUCUAAUAAGAUGUUGGUGAAGGAAACACGUGAAAGUUAACCUUUCAUGAGAAGGAAUUUAAUUCAACCAUUUUAUUACUGAUGUUAUAAUAAAUCUAUAAUUAUAUAUACUAGAAGCUAUGCCUAAUUUUGCCUUUUAACCUGUACACAAGGGUGUCAUCAGGUACAACUGAGACAGUUGUCCCAUGCUUGUGCUUUGGGGCAAAUUUUAAUUAUUAUUAUUUUUUAAUUAUAUUGACAAAAUACUUGUUUUUAAGUCCUGGAAAUUCAGUGUUAACAGUGCAAGUCUUGUCAGUGUGGUCCUGCUGGGAGGCCAGUAUCAAAGGACUUGCCCUGAUCCCCAAUUUUAAUUGGUUGUGGCUCUGCCUGUUCAUGUCAUAUUUAUUUAAUGGAAUAUUUACUAAUCAAAAAUUUAUCUUAGCUAUGUUCAUCUUAACCUUAUAAGCACAGGGUUUAUAAAUUAUAUUUGUUUCUGUAAUGAAUAGUAUACUUGUUUAAUUAUAUAUUAAACUAAUCUCACCUAAUUAAAAAAUUACAUGAUUUCAUUUGCUAUGCUAAGAUAAGAGGAAACGUUAAUUAACAAGAUUUUUUUAAUCAUUUGAGAACUACUAAUAACAUGGUGACUGAUAAAUCCAAGAAACUUCUGUGCAGCGUUUUGUAUUACACAUUUUUUCAGAAAUAUUAGUGACUAAUAUUAAUGUUAAAUAUAUGAUAUUGCUGCAUCUUAAUUGAAUUGCUCAAGGUAGGUAUAUUUAAUAAAAUGUUAAAGUUGUAUUGGUGCUUGGGAAAGUCUUAUUUUUACAUGAGUUUUUCCUUGUUUUAAAAAAAAUCAAACUAACUUAACCUCAAUCAGCGGAACUCUUUUUAUGGUUAUAUGUAACAAAAUUAUGGCUCUUUUAAGUCUUAAUAUAUUUGUCUCAAGUUCCUUAUUGUGGUGAAGUCUGAUAUUAAAGUGAAGAACUUUUAACAGGUUUAAAAUGCUUACUCCACUGAAACUAUGGAAAACAGUGAUUUUAGUUCUUUAUGGUUUGUUAAUAAUAAUAAUAAUUAAUCAAAAGCUGGAUUACAAAACCAUUAUAAAAAUUUGCAGGUACAAAAAAUUUAUAAGAUGAGUGUUGUAUGUUUUUGUAUAUUCCUAAGGGUUUUGUACUUUGAAUUUGAAUGCAGUAAAGCUUUUUAGGUUUGUCUUUGAAAUUUUAGUCAUCGGAGUUUCUUAUGGAGAGCUCCUUCCUUGGUUUUUGAAACUUGCAGAAUUUUGUCUUUUAAAAACUUCAUUGCAGAGACUGAAACACUGUCUGUUCAUAGAAAACUCCAGCAUUUUAAUUGUAAAUUUUUAAUACAUUAUUAUCAGGAAUCUAUACUAUUAGUAAUAAAGUUCUUUAUAUAUAUACAAUAUGGUUUGAUAAAGAGAAGAAAAAGUUAUCACUGUUUUUGUAAUCUGCAUUUGGGAUCUUUGAAUGUUAACAAUUAUGUCUUUAGUGUAAUCUGAAUAUAACUACAUGUUGGCACUUGCAAAAAUUUAAAAUAAAUGUACAAAAUACAAAGUAACAUCUUAGUAUGUGAUCAAAUAAGUAAAUACAUAACUAAAGCAAAUGAUGUUUUUUCUGUUUAACCAAAGAUCUUGCACUCUCAUUUAACUUGAGGAUAUGUCCUUUUUCCUAAUUUUAAAGUCAGUUCCUACCAUCUAGGCAAUCUCAUGGAAAGCCAGUAUUUUUAUGAAAAGAAAUGCUUGAAGAAUUUUUUUCUUCUGUUCAGAGAUUUGUUAAGUUUUAGUAUGUAAGUUUAAAAUAAUUAACAAAAAUUGUUUAUGUGUGGAAUUUUAGAGCUAUUUUGAGGGAGGUGAUUUAUGAAUCUGUUUAGGUUUUGAAUGGAAAUACUUAGUGUAUAAUUAGUGGGUUAGAUGGAAAACUGUUUGCUGGGCAAGAAGUUUGUGACUUUAGUGUAAGUGUAGAAAGUAUUAUUGUGUUUGGAAGUCAGUGUGAUACUGGAAAAUCUGUUAUAAAUGUAAAAAGUUUUGUCAUGUAUUUGUCACUUAUAAUUGUAAAAAGGUUUGUUGUGUUUGAAUUUAAAUGUGAAGUUUAAGGUUUAAUUAUAGUGACGAAAGCAUGUCACUUUUGUUUCUUCUAAGUAUUGCUGAAAUGUAGUAAAAUAUAUAGUAUGAAGUCAUGUUCAGUACAGUAUAAUUAGAAGUGCUAGAAAAGUAUCUCUCCUCUUCAAAGUUUAUUUUAAACUCAUAUUUUUCUGACAUUUACAUUUUAUUUUGUAACUUAAGAUCUGAAAUUUUUGCCUUUGUGAAAUCUAUAAUAUUUGGAAGAUUAUUUUGUAUGUAUUUUUACUUGAUGAUUAUAUGAGAAAUAGCAUGGAAGGACAUUUAUAAAAAAUAUAAUACAUAAGUAAGCUAUCUUGCCAAUUUGUUUUAUAAAUAUUAGUAUAUUGAUUGCAUGUAUCAUCAUCUUUUAUGAUUAUUUACAUCUGUCAGUCUUAGAAUAUUUUAUUCUUUUAUAAAAAAAAACAAUAGUACUGAUGCUUUUUAUUGAAAAAAUUAUAUACACAAAUGCCAAGCAAAAUUUAUGGUAAAGAAGAUAGAUAACUCCUCUAACAAGAAGGAUUCUAAUAUUGAAAAUGUUUUUCAGUAUUAUAAGAACUAAAAAGUAUUUAACAUUUUUAAAUAUGUCCAAAUUUUAGUGUAUUUUCACCCAGAUUUGGAUGUUUCAUACUUUGUAAACAAUGUAGACAAAUAAACUGCAGAUAUUUUUCAUAA